AUGUUACAUCACCACUGCCGCAGGAAUCCUGAGCUGCAGGAGGAGCUCCGGAUACAGGCAGCUGUGGCUGCAGGAGACGUCCACACCGUACGCACUAUGCUGGAACAGGGCUACUCGCCCAAUGGUCGGGAUGCCAAUGGAUGGACUCUGCUUCACUUUUCAGCAGCACGUGGAAAAGAAAGAUGUGUGAGAGUAUUCCUAGAGCAUGGAGCGGAUCCUACAGUAAAGGACUUGAUAGGGGGCUUUACAGCAUUACACUAUGCUGCCAUGCAUGGAAGGGCUCGAAUCGCACGUCUGAUGUUGGAAUCGGAAUAUCGCAGUGACAUCAUUAAUGCCAAGAGCAAUGAUGGUUGGACACCGCUACAUGUGGCUGCCCACUAUGGAAGAGAUUCUUUUGUCAGGUUACUGUUGGAGUUUAAAGCUGAGGUUGAUCCGCUUAGUGACAAGGGCACCACUCCCCUGCAGCUCGCCAUCAUCCGAGAGAGAUCCAGCUGCGUCAAAAUUCUCCUGGACCACAACGCCAACAUUGAUAUUCAAAACGGGUUUCUGCUACGCUAUGCUGUGAUCAAAAGUAACCAUUCAUAUUGUCGCAUGUUUUUGCAAAGAGGGGCUGAUACGAACUUGGGGAGGCUAGAAGAUGGGCAGACACCUCUUCACCUUUCGGCUCUGCGGGAUGAUGUCCUUUGCGCCCGUAUGUUGUACAAUUAUGGGGCCGACACGAACACUAGGAACUAUGAAGGACAGACCCCUCUAGCUGUAUCAUUAAGUAUCUCUGGAACUAGCCGACCUUGCCUGGAUUUCCUACAGGAAGUGCGAAGUAAGUAA